AUGAAAUUCUUCGGCUUGGUUCUCUUCAUCGCUUUAUUUAUUGUUGCUUGUCAAGGACAAGAUACUGCCAAAGAUGACAAAAUCAAUACCGGAUUAUACAACAAGGAUUACGCUUACGGGUAUUACAACCGUCCCGGUCAAUUAGGAUACAAUGGAUGGAAUCUAUUGAUAAAAAUGAAGUUUAUUUGGACGGUUUUUAUUAUUGCUGCAUUAAUUGUCCUUUGUCAAGCCCAAGGUUUUAAUGGAUAUGGAAAUCGAGGAAGAGGUGAAAAUAAUGGAUACGGUAAUCAAGGACGUGGAGGAUAUGACAAUAACCGCGGACGUGGAGGAUACGACAAUGGAUAUGGUAAUCAAGGUGGACAAGGAAGACUUGAUAAUCACUAA